UACCUAGGUAAUAGCUGCUGUAGGCCGCCAAUGAUUUGCUUGAAACAGCCCUACGACAAUCAGCCCCUUGGAGACAACGGACGAGUCGUCGCAACAACCACUCUACAGAAGAUCAAUAUACUCGACACAAAGCCCAUUAGCAAACGAUUGCUACUAGGGUCAACGACACGAGAGACGAUAUCAUUCCAUUUCUUAUCCUCCGACGCCUGUAACUGACCCGGAAUCACCUAACCUUAAGUUCCAGCUCGGGUCGCCACAGGAUGUAUGUCAUCGAGUUUCACGGCUAACGCUCAUCCACUUCCUUCCUGACUUUUUUGCUCGCUUUUUCUUCUUCCGUAAGCCCGCCGGGGCUAUGCAAUCACUAUGCAGCUCAGUCCGCUACAGUCGCGUCUCGCUGCCUCUGUAAUAGCCUCAUGCUUCGUCAUUGUUCUAUAUUUCUUCCUCUUCACGCCGCAAUUCGCUUUGGCUGCCGAAUUAGCCCAGAUUCCGAGCACUCUUGAACAGGCUGGCUCUUUCUACGAUGACGAUGAUGCGACAGAGUUCCUCGACGUCCAAGUGCCGUCAUACGAGCCCAAUUUCCCCUUGUUUGAUCGGGGUAUUAUAGGGAGGGCUGCAGACGGGGCUGCGCCUCUCGAUGUCGACAAUCCUACGACGAGAAACCUUGACCCUGGGAUGACUACCGCAUAUGUUUUCGAAGUAGCUUCGGUCUCUGGAAGAUCGGCGCAAGAGGCUGGUGCGACACAUGAACUUCGUAGAAGCUUGAAUGAGACACGAGAAUUUGAAGGGGCCGAACGUGACGGGGACGAGGAAUUGAGCACCGGCCAGGAUCUAGUCCGACGACAGACGCCAUCCAGAACACUCUAUAUAUCAGUUAACACUUGCGAUCAGCCAGGUCGUAUCUCACCCGACCAGACCUCCAUGGACCCUCCACAAUUGACUCUAUUUGUGUCUACGUCAAGCGAAAACACCUCGCCCGGACCAGGAGGAGAUGAAAAGACCCAGAAAGCCAUUGUCUUCGACGAAGGCGCUGUUUUGUACAAUACGUCGCUCGAUAGCGAUGUAUAUUUUAGUAUAUCAGCCCCUCAGGUUUCUGCAAAGUAUUUUACCACUACGUUGCCAUAUAAUUAUGAAGUAGCAGUGUCUCUCGAUGAAUUCUAUCAUUCAUAUGAUAGCGAAACCCAACCAAACUUGUACUGGGUGGAUUCCGAUGCCUCUUCCUCCUUGCUGACGACACAAAACCUUACAAGCCGCCCAGAAGAGGUGGUUCCUACAGCUCCGUACAUAGUGUUUGUCCAGAACAAAAAGAACCUGGCUAUCAAUGGUAUACGGAAAUCAUAUUGUGGGUUGAAGAAAUGGGCGCAAAUUCGACCACUUCAAAAUGGUGGUAGUCAAGCAACGACGGGCUUGAGGCAAGGUGGCGAUGCUAAUUUAACAACACAAGAGUUUUACAUCAGCGGGUUAAAUGCCAGCACCGAAUACUCAGGGAUAAUAGCCUUGAAUACGAGUUUGUCACUUGGAAAAAGGCAGGAAAGUAGCUCUGGAGGUGGCAUGGUUGUGUAUAGCGCCGUUGACUUCAGCACAAAACCUAAUGGUGCGUGCACAUUCAUCUUCAACUUGACUGUUUGCACAGAGACGAGAUACGCUGUACCCGGAAACCCAGAGAAAUUUCCCAAUGGAACAGCUCUCGCGGCCUAUUAUGAUGACUACACAAAGACGAUGUGGGAUAACUUUGACAAGGUCUUGCAACAAACCCCGUGCGAGGCGCCGCCCACCCAGAAGUACUCCCUUAUCCGAAACUGUGAUGAUUGCAAACAAGCAUACAAGAACUGGCUCUGCUCGGUCGCUAUACCGAGGUGCGAGGAUUUCUCUACGCCGGAUCAAGAUUAUCUACAGAUGCGCAAUAUCAACGCACCAUUCCCCAACGGCACUUUCGUCGACCAGAGUAUCAGGGAUAAGUACGGUGGGAACAAGGCCUUCAGCUCUUCUAGGAAUGUAGAGAUUGAUGAAGCCAUCGAGCCUGGGCCCUACAAGGAAGUACUGCCCUGCGAUUACCUCUGCUAUGAACUCGUCAAGAGUUGCCCCUCAUCUAUGGGCUUUGCCUGUCCGUUGCCAAAUUCGAAAUAUGGCUUCAACACCAGUUAUGCGGUUCCUGAUACGAGCAAAGAGCUUUCUUGUAACUACCCCGGAUCAGCAUACUAUCCAAGCGCCGCUACUUUGACAGCGAUGUCUUGGAUGAACAUGGUAGCUCUCAUUGUUGUACCGUUACUCUUGGUAUGAUGAUCUACUCUACAUGAGACAGUAGAGGGGUGGAAAACCUAGGAAUAAUCUUAUGGGUGAUGCCAUUAGAGAAGAUUCACAUGAAGGCGUCGAGGUUUGGGUUCUACAUGUGAGGCCCUCUUUUUGAGUUUAGAACAGCAGGCGCAGUGAAACAGGCACUACAUGGAAAGAAGCAAGGCAUUGGCAUAGGCGUUCUUGGCGUUUGAUUUAGAUAUCGUACUA